AGAGACACUGGAGAUAAAGUCAAGGAGGCAGCGAGUGGCACCAGGGGAGGCACAGGGCAGGCUCCAGGUGGGUGAGGUAGUGGGGGAUUUGCAGUGACUUGAGGUGUGAACAGCUCUUUGGAGCCCAAGGUGGGGAAAGGAAGGGAAGGUAUGGGAAGGCAGAAGAUCGAAGGGGAGAUUUAGGACCAGGGUUUGAAAAUCUUUUUUUGAAAAAAAAUCUUUUUUGCCCAGUAAGUGACAUUUGAAGAAAUUUAUAUGCUGAUCAGAAAGAUCUAAUAAUCUUGAAGAUAGAAAAAACUGGAAUAAUGUAAGUAAAGUGAAAAACAGUGGAACAAACCCCCUGAGGAGGUAUGAAAAGGAUAGGAAGACAAAGUAGUGAGGAGCAGUGUGACAUGGGGAUGCAGUCUGCUGAUCUGUGAAGGAGCCGGAGCAUCAGGUUUGUCCCGGACAGCUUCAGCUUUCUCUGCGACUCGGGCGAGAGCCAUGAGCAUAGCUCUAAGUUUACAGGACUCACCGUGCUCAGCAGUCUUGGGCCCGGAGUGGAGCAGAUUGUUGGAUCACCACAUGAGGCUUCUGUGGGAUGGUUGGGAUGGGGGUGGAGGAUCUGCACAUGCCCUUCCCUAGGUUGUGAAUUGCUUUGACCACGUCCUAACUUGACCUUCUCUUUUGAGGAGUGUGUGGCCUUGUGUGUAGUGGCUGUAUAAAUGUUGAAUUUGCAUUUUGCUUCAUGGAUAUUUAAUUUGUCUACUAGGACAGUAAUGAUGACACUGAAGAUGUUUCACUGUUUGAUGCAGAAGAGGAGACAACUAAUAGACCAAAAAAAUCCAAAAUCAGACAUCCGGUGGCAUCGUUUUUCCACUUGUUCUUUCGCGUCAGUGCCAUCAUUGUCUAUCUUCUCUGUGAACUGCUCAGCAGCAGCUUUAUUGCCUAAUGUCACAGGUAGACUGAUGGUUGGCCUACGUUGGUGGAAUCAUAUUGAUGAAGAUGGUAAGAGCCACUGGGUGUUUGAGUCCAGGAAGGAGUCUUCUCAAGAGAAUAAAACUGCUUCAGAGGCUGAAUCAAGAAUCUUUUGGUUAGGACUUAUUGCCUGUCCGGUGCUGUGGGUGAUAUUUGCCUUCAGUGCCCUCUUCUCCUUCAGAGUAAAGUGGUUGGCGGUGGUUCUCAUGGGUGUGGUGCUACAAGGUGCCAACCUGUAUGGAUACAUCAGGUGCAAAGUGGGCAGCAGGAAGAACUUCACCAACAUGGCCACCUCGUAUCUAGGAAAGCAGUUUUUAAGACAAAACACUGGAGAUGAUCAGAGUCCCUGAAGAGUGAAAGCUUAUAAAUUUUCUUACAUUGGGGAACAACCGAAGAGAUUCUUGACUUUGAACCUCUUAGAACUCAGUCCAUGUUGCAACCAGGAAUGUGGGGUUUGCUUUUCACUUGACUGUUUUAUUUUAAAAAAGGAAAAGUAA